AUGGUGGGAGAUACCAGUUUUGUCAACAGUUUCGCUGUGUGGCAGCCUGAUGAAGAUAUGCAAAACUGCUUAAACUGUCACACUCAGUUCUCCUUUUUGGUCAGAAAACAUCAUUGUAGGUGCUGUGGAGGUAUAUUCUGUGGAACCUGUUCUGAAAAGUUGGCUAGAUAUGAUGGGAAGCGAGUGAGAGUAGUUAAGAGGUCUGAAAAUGAUGAAGAAUAUCCACCUUACAGAACUUGUGAUUCAUGUUACGAUAAUUUACUGCAUUUAAAGCUACUUCUCUCACCAUGGGGGAAACGCUUGGAAUUGAGAGACGGAUCGGCCAUGUUUGGGCAGCGUGGGGCUUCAAAUGCUCAGGAUGAAAGUUCACCCGCUACUUCAGUUGAACCUAACGAUGUGAUUAAACAAGCUAAUGAGACUGAGAGAACACAGGAGGUUCCUCAAAGUCGUAGCAGCAGCGUACGACGUACCAAAGUUGAUGAUGAUCCUGGUUGUCCAAUCUGUAACUUCGAUCUCACUAAACUAAGCACCGAUAAACAGGCUCAGGAUCAUGUAGAGGAAUGCCUUCGAAAAGCAUCUGAAAUACAGCAACACCAUAGUUCGGCGAACGAUACUUUGAGUCCCACUUCCCACAAUCGAAUGUUGGUUUACAAAGUGGCCCCCAGAGACGACGGACAGUACACUGAAUGCCCUAUUUGCUUCGAAGAUAUGAUGCCCAGCGAGAAAGUGGGUAGAUUGGAAUGCUUAUGUAUUUUCCAUUACAAAUGCAUUAAGAGUUGGUUCAAUAAGAAAGCUCAGAAGAUGAAGUCCAAGGAUGCUCAAUACAUUGGUAAGAAUUUCUGUCCACUACAUGAUGCUGUAUUUUAA